UCGAUCAUUGAUCUUUGUUCGUUUUUUAUCAAUCGACAAAGAAUUAUAAUUUUUGAAUCUAUCGAGAUGGUAAUGAAACUAUCAGACAACUAUAAAUUGGCCACUGUAGCCUUUGAAUCGACAGUAAAUCAAAAUGAUAUGUUCGGUACGAAUGGUUUACCGUUGACACCGCCAUCAAUCACAAUGAUCGGUAAUUUUCAUUCGUUUGUUCAUAGUUUUAAUGCUGCCAACACAUUAACGCCUUAUUUGACACAUUAUCUGGAUUGUAUACGUAGUAAAAAUGAACGAAUUACAUUGGUAUUUGAACAUUAUGCUUCGUGUGUAGCAGAAGAUAAUUCACCGAUAUCCAACGAAAAUUUGCAAUCAAUUUUACAAUGUGGUCUAUAUGGAUUAUAUCAUUUACAUUAUGUGAUUGGUGCUGUCCAUGGCCUUAUAUCACCAAGUGCAUUCUUGACAACAAAUGACCAGAAAAUUCCUUACAAAUUAACACAUUGGGCAAUUAAUAUCAUCACUGACAUGGGUCGUCUUUGUCAAACUCGAAUCUAUCCAAAUGACAUUCGUUUCAUAUCCCCCGAACAAUGUCUGUUAUUGAAACCAACAAAGAAAAGCGAUAUCUGGUCGUUUGGUUUGUCAAUCUUAUACUUAAUGUUUCCGAAUCAACGUCAAAAUUUUCCUUACAAUCCAUUGGAAUUGAUAGAUGAUUCAAAUGGCUUUAAUUCGAUAAUGGUAAAACUUGGCAUCGAAAUUAAAGAUUUAUCUGAAAAAUGGAUGAAUUUUUUUCAAUCAACUUUAAAUCCAAAUCCAAAUGAACGUUUAUCGAUCAAAGAAUUGAUUGCAAUAAUGGCCAUUCCAGAGCCACAGUAUUAUACGACAUAUGAAAAAUUCAUUAAAACUAAAUCUUAUCAAAAUGUUAACGAAGUAAAUGAUGAAGAAUUUUUUAAAAUUAGCAAUUUUAUCAAUUUACACGAAUUCUAUUAUCUGUGGUCGAUUGCAUAUCCAUCAAAAGAAACGAAUAAAGAAGAGCAAAAAAUUCCUACAAUACUCUCAAUACCUAAGCUAGUCAUAUUGGAAAAUGAAUGCUCGAAUCAAGAUAACUGUGAUAGUAAUCAUAAUCGAACAGUCCCUGAUGAUGAAAAUAAUUUAAUUGAAAAAAUUAUGUCCAUAGAUCUGGAAACCAAUUGGAAAAUGGUACGAUUACCUUCGAACUGUGAUUUUAAACUAUUACCCGUCGAUACGAUAAAUCAACGUUUACUCAAAUUAUCUAGCGAAAUUUUCUCUCCUCUACUUAUUUCCGAUGCUAAUCUUUUCAAUAAUAGACCCGAAUCUAAACAAAGUUGUGAAUCGCUACCGUUGCCUAUCCGUGAAAUGGAUUUUGAUUAUCAAUGCGAACGACUUUUUCUAUUUAAAGCUCUAUUAAAUGGCUAUCCUUUUCUACGAAAUCAAUUGAUAACCGAAUCCAAAACCGAUAUCUGUCCUCAUUAUCGUGCUCAAAUCUGGUGUUCAUUGCUCAACGUUCGUUGGAAAGAUAAAUUAUUGUUUGAACAAAUUGAUAAAAUAAGCAAAACAACAACCGAUCGACAAAUUGCUGUAGAUAUACCUCGUUGUCAUCAAUACAAUGACCUGUUAGCAUCGGCCGAAGGACAUCGAAAAUUAACUCGAAUAUUAAAAGCAUGGCUUGCAUAUAAUGAAUCUAAUGGUGAAGUAUAUUGGCAAGGUCUUGAUUCAUUGGCAGCACCGUUUGUCAUAUUGAAUUUUAACAAUGAAUCACAAGCAUUUGCUUGUUUUGAUCAUUUUGUUCGUAAAUAUUUACAUGGAUUUUUCCAAAAAGAUAAUUCAGCAGCAAUACAGGAAUAUCUGGCCCUUUUUCAGGUGAUCAUUGCCUUUCAUGAUCCAGUGCUCAGCAAUCAUUUAGCAUCAUUGAAAUUUGUUCCGGAUUUAUAUGCCAUUUCAUGGUUUUUGACAAUGUUCACCCAUAUAUUACCAUUAUAUCAGAUUUUUCAGCUUUGGGACACAUUAAUCCUAGGAAAUGAAUCCUUUCCUCUUUUCAUUGGUUUGGCCAUUCUUCAUCAGUUACGUGAUCGAAUAUUGGAUUUUACAUUCAACGAUUGCAUCCUAAUAUUUAGCGAUUUACCACAGAUUGACAUUGAUCGAUGUGUGAGAAAUUCGAUAAAAUUUUUCUGUUCAACGCCUAAAUCGAUUAGUAGACGAAAUUUGUGGGAAAUACAUGCACUUAAAAAAUAUCCUCGAUUGCCGAGGAUCAAUAUUGAAGAUCUUACCAUAUUGGUCGAUCGGCUUAAUCUAUCCAAUUGUACAGCCACAGCGGUAGCUUUCGAUCAACAACAAUCAUUGUGUUCGGAUUGUGGUCGUAACACCCAACUAGUUCUGAUUGAUUGCCGUUCAAAAGAUGAUAUAACCAAGUACGGUGGUACCCUUAUCAAUUCAGUACGAUAUGAAGAUUUUUAUCAAGAAUUACAAAAAGAAAUAACAAAUGGCAAUAAAACUAAUCGGUCAACCAAAUGUCAUUAUCAACAGCCACAUGGUAAACAUGAUUUAAUUAUUGUCAUUGAUUCAAUUGAAAAAACAUUAGAAUUGAUUGAAAAUUUCUCCAUUCCUCGUGUUUGCUAUCUGGAUUUAUCAUCAUCAGAUCCAGGAUAUAUUCCAAAAUGUUUACUCAUUCAAUAAUCAUAAAUUUUUAUCUAUGUAUUUUUAUUUAAGUAAUUGAAUAAAAAACCUGUGUUUGACAUAUUCCAAUUUUUUUAAAAAUAGAUUAAAAUGAAGAUAAUUUAUACAA